AUGGCGCACCGGGGAACCCCAAGCGCCCCGAAGCGUCCUGGCCUCACCGUCCUGGCUCCGAGCUCCCAUGCUCCACCGCCGCCGCGCUGGCCGCGCUUGUGGCCGCUGCCGCUGCCUCUGCCGCUGCUGCUGUUAGUGCUGGUGGCUGCCUGCGGGGCGGCGGGGCGCUCCCCCCAGUCCGGGAGCCUGGGUCCCAGCGUGCAGGUCACCCGGCUGCUGCACGCGGGACGCCCGAAGUCCGACGAUCGCGAGGAUCCUCAGACACGAGAAUCCGAGCCCAGCGCUCCGGGUCAUGGUCCGGGUCUUGCUUCGGGUCCCAGCGCAGAUGGCGUCCCAGCUCCGGGCAAGGGGCGCAGGGCGCGGGCGGCGCCCGUGGCCAGUUCUGCCUCGCGCGUGCAGGUCUCGCUCAUCAGCACGUCGUUCGUGCUCAAGGGGGACGCGACACACAACCAGGCAAUGGUGCACUGGACAGGAGAGAACAGCAGCGUCAUCUUGAUCCUGACGAAGUACUACCAUGCAGAUGGGAAGGUUCUGGAAAGUUCUCUGUGGCGGUCCUCAGAUUUUGGGACAACCUACACCAAGCUUACUCUCCAGCCUGGUGUCACCACUGUCAUUGACAACUUCUAUAUUUGCCCAGCCAACAAGAGAAAGAUCAUCCUGGUGAGCUCGUCCCUUGGUGACCGGGAGCAGAGCAUCUUCCUCAGCACCGAUGAGGGUGCCACCUUCCAGAAGUAUCCUGUCCCCUUCCUCGUAGAGACCCUCCUUUUCCACCCAAAGGAGGAGGACAAGGUUCUUGCCUACACCAAGGACAGCAAGCUGUAUGUGUCGACUGACCUGGGGAAGAAGUGGACACUUCUACAGGAACGGGUGACCAAGGACCACGUAUUCUGGGCUGUGUCUGGGGUGGACGCCGACCCCAAUCUGGUCCACAUGGAAGCACAGGACCUCAGUGGAGGCUGUCGGUACUUCACCUGCCUGAUCCACAACUGCUCAGCUCAGCCCCCCACAUCACCCUUCGCUGGCCCCAUCGACCGUGGCUCCCUGACUGUGCAGGAUGAGUACAUCUUUCUGAAGGCGACAUCAACAAACAGAACCAAAUACUAUGUCUCCUAUCGCCGCAGCAACUUUGUCCUGAUGAAGCUACCCAAGUAUGCCCUGCCCAAGGACCUGCAGAUCAUCAGCACGGAUGAGCAGCAGGUGUUCGUGGCCGUACAGGAGUGGAACCAGGUGGACACCUACAACCUGUACCAGUCAGACCUGCGCGGAGUGCGCUACUCACUGGUGCUGGAGAAUGUGCGCAGCUCGAGGCAGGCCGAGGAGAAUGUGAUCAUCGACAUCCUCGAGGUCAGAGGUGUGAAGGGAGUCUUCUUGGCAAACCAGAAAGUGGACGGCAAGGUGACAACACUCAUAACCUAUGACAAGGGCCGUGACUGGGAUUAUCUGAGGCCACCCAGCACCGACAUGAAUGGGAAGCCCACCAACUGCCAGCCGCCGGACUGCCACCUGCACCUACACCUGCGCUGGGCAGAUAACCCCUAUGUUUCAGGCACGGUGCACACCAAAGACACGGCUCCUGGCCUCAUCAUGGGCGCAGGUAACCUGGGCUCGCAGCUGGUGGAGUAUAAAGAGGAAAUGUACAUCACCUCUGACUGUGGGCACACCUGGCGGCAGGUCUUCGAGGAAGAACACCAUGUCCUCUACCUGGACCACGGCGGUGUCAUUGCUGCCAUCAAGGACACAUCCAUCCCCCUGAAGAUCCUCAAGUUCAGCGUGGAUGAGGGCCACACUUGGAGCACACACAACUUCACUAGCACCUCCGUGUUCGUGGAUGGACUUCUGAGUGAGCCAGGGGACGAGACGCUGGUCAUGACGGUCUUCGGCCACAUCAGCUUCCGCUCUGACUGGGAGCUGGUCAAGGUGGACUUUCGACCCUCCUUCCCCAGACAGUGUGGCGAGGAUGACUACAGCUCUUGGGACCUCACUGACCUCCAGGGUGAUCACUGCAUCAUGGGCCAGCAGAGAAGUUACCGGAAAAGAAAGCCCACGUCCUGGUGUGUCAAGGGGAGGAGCUUCACAUCGGCACUCACAUCACGUGUGUGCAAGUGCCGGGACUCUGACUUCCUCUGUGACUACGGGUUUGAGCGCUCAUCUUCCUCUGAGUCCACUGCCAACAAGUGCUCCGCUAACUUCUGGUUCAACCCCUUGUCCCCUCCUGAAGACUGUGUCCUGGGCCAGACCUACACCAGUAGUCUUGGGUACCGGAAGGUGGUGUCCAAUGUGUGCGAAGGUGGUGUGGACCUGCAGCAGAGCCCCGUGCAGCUGCAGUGCCCCCUGACAGCACCCCGGGGCCUGCAGGUGAGCAUCCGCGGAGAUGCAGUGUCUGUGCGGCCUAGAGAAGAUGUGCUGUUUGUGGUGCGGCAGGAACAGGGCGAUGUCCUGACCACUAAGUAUCAGGUGGAUCUCGGGGAUGGCUUCAAGGCCAUGUACGUGAACCUCACUCUGACAGGCGAGCCCAUCCGGCACCACUACGAGAAUCCUGGCAUCUACCGGGUGUCUGUCAGGGCUGAGAACAUGGCGGGCCAUGACGAGGCCGUGCUCUUUGUCCAGGUCAACUCCCCCCUGCAGGCCCUCUACCUCGAGGUAGUCCCUGUCAUUGGCAUCAACCAGGAGGUGAACCUCACAGCUGUGCUGCUGCCCAUGAACCCUAACCUCACUGUCUUCUACUGGUGGAUUGGCCACAGCUUGCAGCCUCUGCUUUCCCUGGACAACUCGGUGACAACGCGAUUUACAGAUGCUGGGGACGUGCGUGUGACGGUGCAGGCUGCCUGUGGGAACUCGGUACUGCAGGACUCCAGGGUCAUCCGUGUCUUGGCUCAGUUCCAGGUGGUGCCUCUGCAGUUCUCCAGGGACCUGGACACCUUUAACCCCAACACUCCCGAGUGGAGGGAGGACGUGGGGCUGGUGGUCACCCGGCUUCUCUCCAAGGAAACCAGCAUCCCUGAGGAGCUGCUGGUGACCGUGGUAAAGCCAGGGCUGCCCACCAUAGCGGACCUGUAUGUGCUCCUGCCCCCUCCCAGGCCCACGAGGAAGAGGAGCCUCACAAGUGACAAGAGACUCGCAGCUGUGCAGCAGGCACUGAACUCCCAUAGGAUCAGCUUCAUCCUUCGAGGAGGGCUCCGUAUCCUGGUGGACCUGAGGGACACAGAUGAAGGUCCUCAGAGGCCAAGUGGCAGUGGUGGCUACUGGGCUGUGGUGGUCCUCUUUGUCAUUGGGCUCUUUGCAGUGGGAGCGUUCAUCCUCUACAAGUUCAAAAGGAAACGCCCGGGCAGGACGGUGUACGCCCAGAUGCACAACGAGAAGGAACAGGAGAUGACGAGUCCCGUGAGCCACAGUGAGGAUGCCCAGAGUACCAUGCAGGGCAACCACUCGGGUGUGGUCCUGAGCAUCAACUCUCGUGAGAUGCACAGCUACCUGGUGGGCUGAUGGCAGCAGCUGGCCAGGACACUCUCUUCCUGCUUCCUCCACAGAGGGCGCAGGAUCACCAGUGCAGCUGGAAUGACGUCCCCCUUGAGACCCGUGGAAAGGUCAUCUCCUCUAGCUGUCCCCACUCAGAGGACAGACACCUCUCCCUGUCAGUCCCAGCUGGCCCAUGGGGUCCCGGGGCAGCCGACUCAUGACCCACCUGGACACAGGCCUGUGGUGCCACACCAAGUCCCCACCCUUGACUCUGAGGCAUCACAGCCCCCAGACCUGAACAUGCUGCCCUAGCCUGGUUUCUCCCAGCCCAUACCUAGGGUGACUCCGUAGCCACCCCCAACACCAGACUUGUAGACCUGUUAGCCCAGGCCCACAGUCCCUGCAGAGGACCCCAGAGCCAGGAAGUCUACGGGCCAGGCCUGCUCAGCAUCCCCCUCCAGGCAGCCACUCUCUCCACUGCAGGGUGGCACCUGCCUCGGUAGAGCUAUUUGAGUCUGGGGGCUCUUUCUUUUAACUUUCUGUUUUCAAGGCCAGGCAAUAGAAGCCAUCUAAGAUCGGUCAGAAUCCCACUCUCAGAAACCCUUAUUUAGGAUGCCCAGGGCUGGGUUUAGAGGGGCAAAG